AUGAAGCUUCCUUUCUCCGGGCUGCCUAAGCAGCUGUGGGCACAGAACGGCAGUACCGCCGGCCGUCCUGCUGCUGACAUAUUAAGUGUUCUGGUUGCCUAUUUCGGUCAAUUGUAUACUCUUGACAAAUGCUUCCUGUUUACAGUGCGGUCCGUAGCGUUGCUUUUCGGCGGGCCGCUGGGGCUGGCGGUCUGGCCCAACGACGGAGAUGGCUUACGUAGCAAAAAUUGUGAUACUAGUGAACAGGAUCGGGAUAGGUCUCGUUGCAUUGGGCUCGUUGCGUUCAUGCUUACUGUGGGCGUGGCGGUUAGACUUGAGUGCGCAACAGACAAGAAGGUUCCUUUGCGAGGUGCCCUCUUAGGGUUGUGUGCCUGUCGCUGCACGGCUGACUUUUGCUUGUGGGCGGCGGCAUUCUCUUCCGGCGGGCAAAUGGGCAGCGGAUGUGGAGUCGUGAAAGUAUUUCGCACACAGAAGUAA